AUGAAAGGAAUGCUUUUUCAGCUGAUUCCUGCAGUAUCGCUUGGAUAUAUGAGAGAAGGAUUGGCUAGUGGAGGUAUAGGCCUUUACAUAUUUGCGAUGCAGUUUCUUAUCAUCAUUCUCUCGUGUGCGGCAUUCCUCAUCAUCAUAAUAGUCAACACGUCUUCAUUUCAUAGACGACACUGUUCCGAAAUGCGCUUAACCCGAAGAUAUCAAAUCGACGAGAACAUUCGCACGGGAAAAUACGUGAUACCUGUGGCCCUGAACGAACUAUUCGUGAAGGUGGUGGAACUUUAG